AUGGCAUCAGCAGUCGCCUCCGCCAUUCGACCUGGCCUGCGCGACAGACAGCAAUCCGGUUCACCUCAUACUCCGAGCCGCUACAUCUCCUCCGUCCAGUCCUCUCCAGGUUCUUCGUUUUUCCGCGCCGAAGAGGACCCUGUCAUCAUCGAGCUCAACCCUCGCGAAUUGAGUGCAGGCUUCCAAGGCGAGAGUGGCCCGCAAUGUACGAUCCAGUUCACACCUCAGAAUUCUCGGCGAGUAGGAGACUAUCGUACAUACUUGCCAGACUACAGGAGGAAGGAGAAGGAUAUACAAACAACAAGCAAGGACUAUGAGCUGUGGAGGAGCGAUCUCCAAGACGUAGACUUGGGUUUGCUGGAGGACAAGCUAGAACGGGCAGUCAGAGAAGCAUACAACAAGCAUCUCCUCGUCGGUGCUGGUAACGCGCGACUGGUCCUGGUUCUGCCGUCUCUUGUUCCACAUCCUGUUCUAUCGACAGUGCUCACCCUGUUGUUUGAACGCUGGAAGUAUUCCUCCAUCACUCUUCUCCCUGAGCCCACCAUGACCAUCGCUGCGGCUGGCUUACGUUCGGGUCUGAUCGUCGAUAUUGGUUGGGAGGAAACGGUCAUCACGGCCAUCUAUGAGUACCGGGAAGUGCGAGUCCGUCGGACUGUCCGUGCUAUGAAGGAUCUCACAGUCAAGAUCGGGGCAUUGCUAGAUACGAUCAGGAAAGAACAGAGCGACUCGGUUCGGGGAACUCUUUUGCUGGAUUUCGACUUCGUUGAGGAGUUUGUCGAACGUGCUGGUGCAUGCCAUGCGCUGAUGCGAGACGUGGAUAGCGACCGGACUGCGAGAACGGACGCAUUGGGCUUCGAAGACAAACCCACGACCAAUUCAGGCAGCGACUUUGAUACGGACCUUGUGAUCGAUUGGCCUACAGAUAUGUCAUAUUCGCCCGUUUCGAUAUCCCGAGCGGCACUUCAUCAGGCGUGCUUGGAACGUUUGGUCGGAUUGCAAAACGAGGAUCAUCCGGACGACCAUGAACAAUCGAUUAGCCAGCUUCUGUAUCGAACACUCCUUUCUCUGUCCGCAGAUGUGCGCAGCAUUUGCAUGCCCAGGGUAGUCUUUACCGGGCGCGGCUCGAGAGUGGCUGGCCUAACCAAGACCAUACUCGAUGCCACCAAUUCCAUCAUCAAACAGCAUGGUUGGACGGCUGUCAGGGGUACACAUUUCAAUGCGAAGAGAAGUGGGUUGACAGAGCUCGCUCAGGGUAGAGCUUUACCGGCCGAUGCUCGACAUGAUGCCACGACGCCGGUUGUUGAAGACUUCGUGGAGGAACGUUUGUACAAACAGAAGUCAAAGGAUGCAUCACCUUUUGUGCCUGUCGCUCUUCGACAAGUGGAAUCUCUAGGACCUUGGGCAGGUGCAAGUCUUGUAUCCAGUCUGAAAGCGAAGUCAUUAGUCGAAAUUGACAGAGAGAGGUUCCUCUCGCACGGACUGGCAGGGGCACACCGUGAUCUCGACAUCAAUGUCACUUCCCAACGAUUGACGACUGCGAAAAGUAGUGAAAGGACCAGCUGGACUUUGGCAGGAUGGGCAUGA